CAGGUUGUGAGAAAGGCUGGUUCGGAAAAAACUGCAAGUUCAAGUGUCACUGCAGACCAGGUGUAGUUUGUCUCUCAGACGGUCAGUGUCCAGAAGGACAGCCGUGUGACCAUGGCUACUUUGGUCCAGCCUGUCAGUACGAGGAUCUAGUUUACCAGCGAGCGUCACCCGCCACCCUAGAGUAUGUGAGAGAUGGCAAUGACUUGACUUGUAACACAGACUCGCACGCCACUUCAGUUUCAGUGACACUCAACGCCAGUCUGCCUGUUUCCUGGUUCAGAAUACACAACCACAAAUUUGCAUACUUGCUCAGUUUUACUGUGAAGAUCAACAACGCUACCUCAUGCAGUGAGGAGAAGCGGUUCAUCCAGGGCAGGCAUGAAGUGGACGUCGUAUGUUGUCAGCCAAUCCUGGUGACCCAACUCAUUAUAGAAGGAGAUAUCGCCCCAACCGUCUGCUCCAUUUACAUCAGUGGAG